UCAUCGGACAGUGAAAGGUGAUGGCAGAACCUGAAGAGACUCGCCAACCCGCGAAGGACUCGCCGUUCUCCAUUAAGAAUCUGCUGAAUAUUGAAGACAAACCCACGAAGCCAAAGCUCACACUCAGCUCGUCCAAAGGUGUUUUUGAAGGCAGCUUCUUCUCUCGGCUCAGUGACUUGUCUCUGCCUCGGUUUGAGCUGCCCGCGCAGAGGAUCGGACUGUCAGCGCAGUAUUUGGAGAGAGCGUCCGCCUGGUGGUACCCAUACGCGCUGGGGACACAUUUUAGGACUGCAGGAUCUGAGAAGGUCAACCCAAGAGAAGAGUCACCGGCACCGGACAGGCGCUCCCCGAAUCUCCAAAAAAGUGACCAAGAUGCCAAAGAGGAAAGCGCAGACGACGACCUGGCCCUGGAUGAGAGCGACGCGGAGGAGUCAAAGAAAGAAACCGACCCGGAGGAGGACUGGAGGAGAAAAGCGGACGACCUGGACCCGGACAAGAAGCCCUGCCGGAAGAAGAAGACGCGCACGGUGUUCUCCAGGAGCCAGGUGUUCCAGUUAGAGUCCACCUUCGACAUUAAGCGCUACCUGAGCAGCUCGGAGCGCGCCGGCCUGGCCGCGUCCCUGCACCUGACCGAGACGCAGGUGAAGAUCUGGUUCCAGAACCGGAGGAAUAAGUGGAAGCGGCAGCUGGCCGCCGAGCUGGAGGCGGCCAACAUGAGCCACGCGGCGGCGCAGAGGAUUGUGCGGGUUCCCAUACUUUACCACGAGAGCGGGGCCUCAGAAUCGAGCGGGGGCCCCGGUACAAACUCACCGAGUAGCGGCUCACUGCUGGCGUUUCCCCAUCACAUGUACUACUCCCAUUCAGCCCCCCUGCUGAGGCCAGUUUAACAAGGAUGGGUCCAAAUCUGCACGUUUUUAAAUG